CAAUCAUAUGUCUAUGUACAAUGAAUAGAGGCCGUGCGGCCUGAGCGCGCCUACCUGUGUGAUAGUUUUGGAAACCCGGGCCCCUGCACUCGACGCUUCCGUGUAACUCUUUGCAUAGAUCGCCUAUUUUGCGUGUGUAGAUGCGCGUCGUAGCGCUGGCAGCCCUAGGGGCUGUUGUGGCGCUCGUGAAUGGACUCGUUCUCGCCAGUGCGCAAGGGAACCCGGCUAGGUUCCCGGUACCAGAGCAUGUCGUAAAAUGGACAGACAAGCUGAAAGUGCAAAACAUUAUGGAUGUCAUGGACGCGGAGAUUACAAAGAACGGGACGCAGGCAGUCGAUCAGCAGUGCGACUCGCUAUUCGGCAAGGGCUACAUCAACUCGUGGGCGAACGCGAAGAAAGAAAUUUGCAAGCCGGGCGGCGGGUCAACUUUCACAUGCCACGAACACCCCAACACCAAUCGGGGUGCCAACAUCGGCAGUCUGUUCUGCCACGCCACCAACCUGGUGCUGGACUCGACUGACUUCCUAGGGGAAGUGAUUACCAAGCCUGGGACCAGGUACCCCACACCCAAGGCUGGCAGUGCGAAGGUGGCGUGUGACAUUGACCGCCCGUACACGCGCGAGCAGGUGGCGGACCAGCACACGGACCGCUGGUUGUAUGACGCGCUGGCCACGGCGCCCGCCGCUGACGUGAACGCCGCCUGCGCCGACCCGCGCCGCACCGUGAGCUACCCGGUGUACUUCGUGACGCGCAUGGACCCCACCAACGCCUACCACCACUUCGAGGAGGUGAUGAACUUCUUCGCGGCUAUGUACAUCUACCCCCACAAGGAGCUGCUGCAGCAGGGCAUCACCAUUGUGGCCUUCGACGGCGCGCCCAAGGGCUUCUACCUGGAGCUGUGGCGCCGCAUCGCCUACCCCUUCCGCAUCCGCUUCCUGCGCGACCGGCCCUACCCGCCCGGCACCUGCUUCAAGAACGCGCUCAUCGCCUCCAUGCCGCACCGCUCCAUGUACACGCACUUCUGGCCCGGCGUCAAGUCCAUGUGCAGGUCUCUGUACAUGUCCAGUGUGGUGCGCUGGACACACAUGCUCAUGGCGGACGCGCGGCCGGAGCUGUACACCUGGCCGGACGGGCAGCACCGGCAGAACGAGGACACGGUGGUGGGCCGCGUGACCUGGGUGUCGCGCCGACACUUCGAGGCCGCCAACCAGGGCAAGAUGAACAGCUGGCAGGUCCAGCGCAUGCUGUCCAACGAGGACGCCAUCGUGCCGGUGCUCAGCAACGCCGUCAUGACAUGGAACUCCAAAUCCUGCUUGCGCAAUCCCGGCGACGGCGGCUGCCGCAAGGUGCCCGUGUACUUUGAGUUCGCCACCAUGGAGCUGGGGGACCACCGCUGGUACCCGGAGCAGCUGCAGCAGCUGUCCCGCACCAGUGUGCUGAUGGCGGUGCACGGCGCAGGCGUGUUCAACGAGAUCUGGCUGCGCCCCAGCACCAGCUCCGUCAUCGAGGUGCUGCACAACAGUGGCGGCAACCACCACUACCACAACAUCGCCUCAUUCAUCGGCCUGCCCUACCACGACAUGGGCUCCGCGCACGACCCCAACAUGCUGGCAGCAAAGCUUACAGAGGUGAUGGACUCCACUGCGUUGCGCAUGGCAGAGGAACACGGCCGCAAGAUGGCGGCGCUGCGUGCGGCGGGUACCGCGUGACCAGGCAGGGUUUCACUUCAUUUAGGACCGCCCCAGCAGCCUAGGGGGCAUCGAGUCGGCGGAUACUGGGUGUGAUUCGGGGUCAAGGUCAAGCGGCAUUGUGACGGUCAGUGUGAUUAGCUGGGCGUGCGCUGUUGCGAGGCGUGCUACGUCUGGAAGGGUAUGGCUGCGCCCGUAAGGCGUGGUUCACAGAGGUACCACUGGUUCGGGGAGUCGGGGCGGGUCGUUCCAUCUAUGGUAAGUAAGCGUGGGCGGGAUAGGCAGGAUGUGAACGCAGCGGCAGCGUACUUCGACACCCUCGAACCCAAAUCGAGCCUGGACGCGAUUUAAAUGGUGGAGUACGUCGCACUUAGGCAUGCACAUCGCGGUCUGUUAACAUGCUUUUUGACACUUCUGGAUAUUCCUGUGUAACCCGCGCCAAUGCCGCCUUCGCGACAUGACAUGCACACAUCUGAUAUGCACGAGACUCUCGGAGACGCUCAGAACUCGAGUGGUGCAGCUAUAUGGCGAUGAGAUAGGUAGUCAUGGCUGCGAGGUGACUGGUAGCGCUGGCUGUCGCGCUGGAGGCAUGGUCAGCGGUCUGGAGGCGUGCCAGGCCUUUUUGGCAAAAAAGGCAGGCAGAGGCCGCGUAUGCAACCUAGCAUGGU